UAAAAAAUUCCCUUAAAUAACCCGUCGGCUACUGAUCAACAAUACAUAAAAAAUAAUUUUUAAUUUCCUUUAAUACGAAGAAAUACUUGUUAAUUGCAUUUUCACACAGAGUUCAAUAAUGGCACAGUUUUUAAACAGAAUUGGUCAACUGGGAUUGGGAGUAGCAAUCGUUGGUGGUGUUGUUAAUUCUGCGUUAUAUAACGUUGAUGGUGGACAUCGUGCUGUAAUUUUCGAUCGUUUCGCUGGUAUUAAACCAGAUGUAACUGGAGAAGGAACGCAUUUUUUCAUUCCUUGGGUACAAAGACCAAUCAUUUUCGAUAUUCGUUCACAACCUCGCAACGUUCCAGUAAUUACAGGAAGUAAAGAUCUUCAAAAUGUCAACAUCACAUUGCGUAUUCUCUAUCGACCUGUUCCCGAUCAAUUACCCAAAAUUUACUCUAUCCUUGGUCAAGAUUAUGACGAGAGAGUCUUGCCAUCAAUUACAACGGAAGUUUUAAAGGCAGUCGUAGCUCAAUUUGAUGCUGGCGAGUUGAUCACACAACGUGAAAUGGUAUCACAAAAAGUUUCAGAGGACUUGACUGAACGUGCCAAGCAAUUCGGAGUAAUCCUCGAUGAUAUUUCAAUUACUCAUUUAACAUUCGGAAGAGAGUUCACUCAAGCUGUUGAAAUGAAGCAAGUUGCUCAACAAGAAGCUGAAAAGGCUCGUUUCCUUGUCGAAAAGGCGGAACAGCAAAAGCAAGCAACCGUCAUUUCAGCUGAGGGUGAUGCUGAAGCUGCUGUUAUGUUAUCAAAAGCUUUCCAAAGUGCUGGUGACGGUUUAAUUGAAUUGAGAAGAAUUGAAGCUGCUGAAGACAUUGCUUAUCAACUAUCAAGAGCACGAGGAGUUAAUUAUUUACCAGCAGGCCAAUCAACACUUCUUAAUUUACCUCAAAUGUAAAAAACAUAAAAGAAGUUUAAAGAAGUCUUUUAAAGUAAAAAGUAGCGAGUCUAACAAACUUUUCAAUAAAUAUUUUGUAAGUCAAACAACAAUUGAUCGUAUCUACUUAGAACAUUGAAGUUAAGGAAAUUGACUGUCACAGGAAUAAAUUUUAACUAAUUGCACUUUCCUGAUGACUUUCUAACAAAUGAAUUUCCUUCGUUGAUAUGUUUUAUUUGUGAAAUUUGGUGCAUUUCGUUUAAAAAUUAAAGCAUUGGAAUAAUAAAUAAAAAAUUAAUAUAAAAUAUUGAAAGUUUUUUUUUAUAAUAAUA